AGCCGCCUGAGGCGAGCGACUGUUGCGGGGGGCGGGCGGCGGCAUCCGCCAUGGACUGAGGAGGACGCGAUGGGCAACAAGGAGUCGCGCAUCGGCUUCCUCACCUACGACGAGGCCCUGCGGAGGGUGACGGACGUAGAGCUAAAACGGCUGAAAGAUGCCUUCAAGAGGACCUGCGGACUCUCGUGUUACAUGAGCCAACAAUGCUUCAUUAGGGAAGUUCUUGGAGAUGGAGUUCCUCCAAAGGUUGCAGAGGUCAUAUACUGUUCUUUUGGUGGCACAUCGAAAGGACUACAUUUCAAUAACCUGAUAGUGGGCUUAGUCCUCCUUACAAGGGGCCGAGAUGAAGAGAAAGCCAAAUAUAUUUUCAGCCUGUUUUCUAAUGAAUCUGGGAGCUAUGUUGCCCGUGAAGAGAUGGAGAGGAUGCUUCACAUAGUUGAUGGGAAAGUCCCCGACAGCCUAAAAAAAUGCUUCUCAGAGGGUGAAAAAGUAAACUAUGAAAAAUUCAGAUCCUGGCUGAUGCACAAUAAAGAAGCUUUCACAUUUUCCCGCUGGCUGCUCUCCGGAGGAGUGUAUGUCACACUCACAGAUGACAGUGACACCCCCACCUUCUAUCAGACCCUUGCUGGAGUCACGCACUUGGAAGAAUCAGAUAUCAUUGAUCUUGAGAAACGAUAUUGGCUCCUGAAAGCUCAAUCAAGAACAGGGCGUUUUGAUCUGGAAACAUUUGGCCUCCUGGUUUCCCCUCCCAUUCAUCCAUCUUUGAGUGAAGGCCUCUUUAACGCCUUUGAUGAAAACCGUGACAAUCACAUAGACUUCAAAGAAAUCUCCUGCGGACUCUCGGCUUGCUGCAGGGGACCGCUGGCAGAAAGGCAGAAGUUUUGCUUCAAGGUUUUUGACAUUGAUCGAGACGGGAUUUUGUCUCAGGUUGAACUUGAAGAAAUGGUUGUUGCCCUUUUGGAGGUUUGGAAAGAUAAUCGUAUUGAUAACAUUCCAGAGUUGCACAUGAAUUUGCCUGAUAUUGUAGAAGAUAUUCUAAACUCACACGAUACCACCAAGCUUGGUCAUCUCACCCUUGAGGAUUAUCAGAUCUGGAGUGUGAAGAGUGCUCUUGCCAAUGAAUUUCUGAAUCUGCUUUUUCAGGUGUGCCAUAUAGUCUUAGGUUUAAGACCUGCCACUCCAGAAGAUGAAGGACAAAUCAUUAGAGGCUGGUUAGAACGAGAAAGUAGGCAUGGCCUUCAGCAAGGGCACAACUGGUUUCUCAUUGCAAUGCAGUGGUGGCAACAGUGGAAAGAAUACGUCAAAUAUGAUGCUAGUCCUGUUACGAUAGAGCCUUUGCCUAUCUUAAAUGGAGGUAAGACUUCUCUCCUGAGUCCUGGGACCCCCAUGUCAGAGCAGGGAGAAGACAAAACAGGUGCUUCAAAUAACUUCAGUGCCACAGAAGAAAAGUUUUCAGAUAAUAUUUCUACUGCAUCAGAAGCAUCAGAGACAACUAACAGCAAUUUUCUUUAUGCCACCACCCCCAAUGCCGAGAUGUGUUUUGCUCGACAGCUUAAUUCUUCGGACAAUAACAAUCAGUGCCUCCUUGCAUCUAAUGGGAAUAUAUUACUGCAGCUGCUGAAUCCACAGCGGCCUGGAGCUAUUGAUAAUCAGCCACUUGUAACACAAGAUCCCGUGAAGGCUCCAUCAUUGACUUUGGAAGGUGGGCGAUUAAAACCAUCACCCCAAUUAAUUCAAGGGAAAAAUUAUGAAAUUGUCCCAGAACCAGUGUGGAGGGCCCUCUACCACUGGUAUGGAGCAAACCUGUCUUUGCCAAGACCAGUGAUUAGAAACAGCGCAACGGGCCUGCCAGAGCUGGAGCUCUUCCCCCGCUACCUGCUCUUUCUGAGACAGCAGCCGGCAACCCGGACCCAGCAGUCCAACGUUUGGGUGAACAUGGGGAACGUCCCUUCUCCCAGCGCUCCCUUGAAGAGGGUCUUGGCUUACACCGGCUGCUUCAGUCGCACACAGACCAUCAAGGAGAUCCAUGAAUACCUGUCGCAGAGGCUGCGGAUGAAGGAGGAGGAUAUGCGCUUGUGGCUUUACAACAGCGAGAAUUACCUGACUCUUCUAGACGAUGAAGAUCACACGCUGGAAUACCUGAACAUUCAAGAUGAACAGCACUUAAUUAUAGAAGUUCGGAAUAAAGACAUGAGCUGGCCAGAAGAGAUGUCUUUUAUAGCAAACAGCAGCAAAAUAGAUAGGCAUAAAG